UAAUGACUUUACAGGUGUAGCUCCUUAUAGCAACGUUAUUCGUUAAUCGUUACCGAGUCGUAGUUCUGUGUAAACGUGAAACCAGUGCUAACUGUGUUUAGGUGGUACGUACGACACACUGCGUUUCGCAGACGUGAUAGACCGACCAUGGGGACUCUAUUCAACAAUGUGACGAAAUACUACACGUAUGUUAACGAUGAACUCGCAGAUCCUCGAACAAAUAAGUUUUGGCUGGUUGCCAAUCCCGUACCAAUUAUGACAAUAAUGUUCUUGUACCAUCGGUUUGUAAAAGUAUGGGGCCCUGCAUAUAUGGCGAAUAGACAACCCUAUAACUUGAAAUGGGUCAUCGUUGCAUAUAAUCUAAUGCAGAUAGGUCUAUGCGCACAUAUGACAUUUCAGUGUAUCACCUGGUUAUAUCUGCCGGGCUAUUACAGUGUGUGGUGUCAAAAGAUUAAUUACGAUGAUAAUGAGGUGGAAAGACUCAUCAUUGAACGAGUGUGGCUGUACUAUUUUAUCAAGAUAGUUGAUUUAUUAGACACUGUAUUUUUCAUACUACGUAAGAAAUUCUCUCACGUGUCCUUCUUGCACGUCUACCAUCAUUUGGGCAUGUGCCUCCUUGGGUACAUCGGCACGAAAUAUGUGCCAGGUGGACACGGUAUAAUGUUGGGCUUCAUAAACUCCGCAGUACACGCGGUUAUGUAUUCGUAUUACUUGGUUUCAAUAUUAAGGCCGCAGUGGGUCCAGGGAUGGUGGAAGAAAUACAUCACACAACUACAAAUUUUGCAGUUCCUGCUGUUGAUUCUGCACUUCGGCCACAUUAUAUUCGAGCCAUCUUGCGGAUACCCCAAGUGGGUUGCCUAUGUAUUCUUACCACACAACAUUUUUAUACUUAUCCUAUUUUCUGAUUUCUACGUUAAGGAAUACAUUCUAAAGAAGAAGAAACAGUAGAUGUAGUCAAAUUAGGAUAAUGUUGUAAAGUAAUGAUAGUUUAAAUAUAUUUAUUAUACAUUG